GCCACAAAUAAAUAAAUAACACUUCACAGAAAUGGACUCAAGGACAGAAAUCACAUGACCCUCUCUAUAAACAAAAGGAGGCUUUUGACAAAAUCCAACAUCCAUACAUGAUAAAAGUCUUAAAGAAACUAGUAAUGAAGGGAGCAUAUCAGAAUAUUCUAAAGGCUAUACAUGACAAACCUAUAGCCAACAUUAUACUAAAUAGAGAAAUACUCUAAGCAUUUCAAUCACUAAAAUCAGAACUAAGACAGGGUGUCCAUUCUUGUUCAGUAUAGGCUUACAGUCUCAGCUGGAGCAGUGAGACAAGAGAGAAGCCCAAGGGAUACAGUAGGGAAGGGAGAAGUUCAAGUAUCCUCAUUUUCAGAUAGGAUUCUACACCUAAGACUAUGAAGGAGCGAGCAGGACAUUCAUCACUGGGUCACAGCAGUUGUGGUGUUGACCACCUGGGAGCAAAUUAAAAAUGGGUGAUGUUGAGAAAGGCAACAAGAUUUGUGUUCAGCAGUGUGCCCAGUGCCACACUGUGGAACAGGAAGGCAAGCAUAAGACUGGACCGAAUCCCCAUGGUCUGUUUGGGAGGAAGACAGGUCAGGCCACUGGAUUCUCUUACCCAGACACCAACAAGAGCAAAGGCAUCGUCUUUUUUAACAGAUGCCUGGUGGAGUCUUCAGAGAAUCCUAGGAAAUACAUUCUUGGAGUAAAAACAAUCUUUGCUGGAAUUCAGAAGAGGGGAGAAAGGGCAGACCUAAUAGCUGAUCUUAAAAAGACUGCUAAUGAGCAAUUCCACUGCCUUAUUUAUGACAAAACAAAUGUCUCAUGGCUUUUAAUGUAUACUGCAGUUUAA